CCAAAAUAUACAGUGUGAUGCACAUUACAAUUUGACAUUAUUUUCUUGACAAUUAAGCAAAUUUACCUCAAUGUCUGACAGUUCUUGACAGUUUUCAUGAGACACUCUUAUUAAAAUGUAUAACUGUAAUGUUCAAAAGCAUCUUUUUUGCUGGUAAGAAAGUUUGCAUAAUCUUAAUAAUCUCCUUUUUCCCCCCAUUGUUUCCAAUUAAUACCUAUAAGGUCAACCGAUAUUGGAUUUUUUAUUUAUUUACUUUUUAUUGAUAUUUUGCUGAUACGAUAAUUAAGGUGGUAGAAAAGGCCGAUAACCGAUUAAAAGCAAUUUAUUGAAAGCUAAAACUGCAAACUAACUUACAUGCCAUGUUCUACGUUUCGUCGCGGUUUCCUACAUUUACACACUUAUUAAAAUGUGAUUAGCGUGCGCGGUAGCUCACUUGAUAGAGUGUUGGACUUUGCACUCGGAAGACCGCGGUUCAAGCCCAGCCAAACCUGCAUGCUGGCACAUGAGACGAAAGUGUCAUAGAGGCAACACAAGAUCUAAACCUAAAAACCUUGCCUGAUUACGACACCAUUUCACUCACUUUUGGCGCCCCCUGCUGGAUAUUUCACUGGGAAACUGCAGCCAAAUGUGUAAUGAAGCACGUAAUUUAGUUUUGCAAAAAUGCUGCCACGUUCAUGUAAUGGUCAUGAGUUCAGGCUGAAAGUACAGAUGAAUAAGAUCACAGAUGCAGUUUAUUGAUGAUAUCUGUACUGAUUUAUCUGCAAAACCGAUAUAUCGGUCAAUCUCCUCCUGUUAUGAUUCUCUACCAGGGUUCUCCUGAAUGUUAUAGGUGCUUUACAAAGGUGUCACCCCUUCUUGACAGCAAACUCACUGACCAAUGAGGAGGAAUCAUUCCUUGGCACACACUCCAAACCCCUUCACGUCCCUCCAAAUAACCUGCCACCAGCACGCUGACAAAUGUUACUGUCGGAACUGGUGAAAGGUCGCCCCAGCUCUGUGUUGCUGUGUGCUUGCUGCUGUAAACUCUAAGGUUAACUUUGCACAAGACAAAGAAAACGCUUUGGCAGCUGCCCUGUGAAGAGAACAGCCACAGAGCUGGAAUUUAAGUUAUUUUCAUGCAGGUGCAGAUCUGCACACAUUGAAGAAGAGCAUUCACACUGAAGCAUCAUGCAGGAGAACAACAUGGAUCAGCCCACCUCAUUAUCACAGCUUUUACGGGAGAGUUACUUGGCCGAAGCAAGAGCUCAUCACAGACACAGUGAGUCCAGCUGCAUUGACUCGCCGCGACGUCUAGUGUACGGGACUCUCAAAGAGAAAGCUGAUGAUUCUGGUGGGAAAGUUGAACCUCAGUUCCCAGAUCUAUCUGCCUUUCUGAGCCAAGAAGAACUGGACAAGAGCGUUGAUCUGGCAUGCAAAGCCAUCAGUGAUGACCCUAGAGAAUGUGAGGAGAGACCCAAUGGACACCCACAAGUUAGCCAUUACAAUGUUCCUUCCAACAAACCUACUCCUGAGACUGAGAUCGUGUCGGAAAGACCAUCAAUCCAGCCUUCCAUCCAAGACAACACAUUUAGGAACAUAAGAACUCCCAAAGAACCUCCACCAGACUUCAAAAGACCUUUGAGAAACACUCCAUAUGGCAUGGAGACCCAAUCCAAGAAGGAGUUCCUCAACAAAGCAGCUGACUUCAUCGAGGAGCUUUCUUCGCUCUUCAAGGCAAACAGUUCCAAGCGAAUUCGGCCUCGUACGUGUAAAGCCCAUCGGAGCAGAUGCCAGAACAAAGGCCAACUUGAUGGCACCCCAUACACCAUUAAUACAGAAGAUAGAGAAAGGUCUAUUCUCAUUAGCCAACAGAUGGAGGAGCCAACAGAGUUUCAACAGUUGGAGGAGCCGACAGAGUUUCAAAAACAGAACAAUCGAUUCAUAGAGGAGCCUUCUAACACAGAGGGGCCACAGGAAGCAGAGCCCCAGUGUGAAAUAGAGUGUGAGGCCCCAGUUCAUAUAGAGCCGGAGAAAUUGGAGGAACCCAUUUGUGAACCUCCGUGCUUUAUACAAAAACUCAAAAGCAGGGAGGUUCCGGAAGGAAGUAAAGUCCAGUUGGAUUGCAUUGUCAGAGGAAUUCCCACACCUGAAGUUCGGUGGUUUUGUGAGGCUAAAGAGCUUGAAAACAGUCCUGAUAUUCAGAUUAUCAGUAACGGGGAGCGGCAUUCUCUGAUCAUUGCCGAGGCGUUUGAAGAAGACACGGGCAGAUAUUCGUGCUUUGCCUCCAACUUUUACGGCACAGACUCCACGUCCGCAGAAAUCUAUAUUGAGGGUGCCUCUUCAUCGGAUUCCGAUGGGGAACAUCUUCAAGCAGAACUUCAGAAAAGAUCUUCUCUACCCAAGCCCCCAGCUACUUCAGCAGUCUCAGUAGCACCUAACACGUCAGUUGAAGACUCCACACCAACUGUACCAUCCUCCUACCCUGACCAGACAGCACCUUUAGCAGUCUCUGAAGCUGCACCACCUACCCAGCUGACUUUUGACCCACCUUCUACACAAGAAGAUCUAGAACUUUUGGGUUCUCAGGUCGUCAGCUCUGAAAUUCCUGAACUAGAACCAACCAUACCUGUUCUAGUGCAACCAACACCAAUAUCUCAGCCCACCCCACCCACUACACCAUUGACCGUAUCUCCACCCUCACCUCCAUCAACUCAAAGUAUCUCUAAUAUACUGUCAACAUCUCAACAGAGCAUUACUGAGAAUCAAAAUGGCAGCAGUAGUUAUCUUCAAGACUUCGAUGUAAGGCCCAUAAUGGCAGCUCCUGUUUUUACUAAGAACCUCCAGGAUGUCCUGGCACUCGAGGGUCAGCUGGUAGUGUUGGAGUGUCGAGUGAAAGGCAUUCCCUCCCCGAAAGUAGACUGGUACAGGGAGGGAACACUGAUUGAAGAUUCUCCAGACUUCAGGAUCCUCCAAAAGAAACCCAGAUCCCUGGCUGAAUCGGAGGAGAUAUGCACUUUGGUUAUUGCAGAGGUCUUUCCAGAGGAUUCUGGAAUGUUUACUUGCACAGCAAGCAAUAAAUAUGGUACAGUCUCAAGUGUUGCAGUGCUCAGGGUGAAAGGACACAAUAAUAACAGCAUCAACUCCAAAACAACAAGCACCUUAACAGUGGAGUCCUCCCAUGAGAAGGUUCUGGCAAUAGACCUCAGAACAACGUCUUCAAAGCGUAAGCCAGAUGUUCCUCUGGUAAACAACAAGCUUCACUCAAGUGUGAUUUGCCUUGACCCACUGAGCUCUGCCUCUAUGCAGUCAGACCCUUUGGAUGCUGGAGCGCUUCGGAACGACUCCCUAAAUUCUAGCUUACUUCGCCAUGACCUUGCCACUAGCCUACCAAGUCUAAACCCUCUGAGCAUUGGAAAAUAUCACUCAGAUACUUUUAGGUCUAGCUUACCUCAUCUAGACCCCCUCAGCUUCAGUUCUCAUCUUGACACAUUGAACUCUGACUUAAACCACAAGCCUCUCAGCUCUAGGACAACACACUUUGAUUCAGGUGGGUCUGGUUUGAAGGCUUCCACGGAAGCUACCCCAAGUCCACCCAAUGGAUUAUCCUCCACCAUCACUCUGUGCUCUGAAAAGGAUGCUUGGUUUGAACCAUCACAGAACAUUCAGGUUGGGUCAAAACCUACCCCCAGCACCUCUGAUAUUAGUCCACCACCAGUAAAGACCAGUAACCAUCAAGAGAAUCCGCCUUCUAAACCCCUACCAGAUCCCCCAGCCUCUUGCCUGAAGACUAAACCUGAGGGUGUGUUAGUGGAUCACAAUGAGCCCCGCUCCUGUUCUCGAGUGGGCCUCCGUGUGACCUUUAAACUCCCAGAAGAUGAAGAAGAGGAAGAUAAAUCAAUUUUGUCCAGCAAAGAACCGCCACCAGUAUUGGCUAAACCAAAAUUAGAUCCAAUGCAGCUUCAGAUCCUCCACAACCAGGUGAUUUUGGAACAGCAGCAGGAGAGUAUCUCCCCAAGCCAGGAGUCCCCACAUUUAGACAGAACAGUUUCUGAGCCACAGUCUGUCACAACACUUCACCCUCCUGCAAAUUCAGUGGUGUCACAACUCAGAACGCCUUCUCUUGUAAUGAACUCUCAUCCAAUUCCACAGCUGAUCACUGGACAUGUACCUUUACUGCCAGCAGCACCUGCUCCUAUACUAAAACCUGUACCUGUAUCCCAAAUGAACAUGGUUUUGCCUAAUUCCAUACCCUUUCCCCAACUCAGUCCAUCAGCCCCAACCUUACAUAACAACCCUCCUAUACCUCAAAAUCUGGUCCCUGCUACUUUGUUAAAUACUCUUCCAUCCAGCGUGUUUCUCUCUACCCUAAUAACCAAAUCGACUGCACCCACUGCCCAUCUUCUGAAUAUGGGGUCAAUCUCGUCAGUGCCCCAACUCAAUGUGGCUUCAGUAGCGAAUGUGACCCCUAUGCCAAGUGUGAUGCCUACCACCCCAAUAACUCAACCAAUAGCAGCUCCCAACAUCCCUAUGCAUCAACCAAAUGUUAGAUCUACUAUGGCCAUGCCUCAGCCACAUGUAGGACCUACCAUACCCUUGCCUCAACUCAUUGCUUCAACCACCCAACCAAACACCAACCAUAUGACUAGUAUGCCCCCAAUUACUCCCUCUACUCAUGUAUCACAAAUAAACAUGACACCUACCUUGCAGAUUAACUCUGUCCCCAUUAGUGAAAUAGAUAUAACUGUUGCCAAAACACAGACACUGGUUACACCUGAUUCUACAAAUGUUAGCAACACAGCAGCCAAGUUAAACACCACCCCAAUUACUCAUCCCAGUGUGGCUUCAUUGUUAAUACAAGACACUAAUUCUAAAAGAAUGUCCAAUGCAUCUCUGAGUAAUGUCUCCUCAUCUCAUCUGAUGAGUAACCCAGCUGCACCUAUCCCGAGUUCAGUGUCUCCAUCACCACUGAACACCACCCAGCCUCCACUGCCCAGUAAGGUUCCAAUCUCCACCCAGAGCUUCAGCUACACCAGGCCAAAGGAAUUCAUUGCUGCCCAGACUCUAUCUACUAUCAGGAGUCCUUCUCCAACCGAGUCCCCGGUCCCAAUGCUCCAUGAGUUAGCUGCACAGAUAUUCCCAAAGUCAACAAGAGAGCUCAUGUCACCUGUCAACCAGUUCACCCCGUCCCUAAAAAAGUUACCUACAAGGGUUCUGGAAUCUCCUAGCAGCCCUCCUGCAUAUGUGUCCUCACCGCCUCCAGGCCUAGUGAACUCAGUGUUUGCUUUUAGAACCCAGUCACCACCGCAAGCAUCUUCACCAACCUCAAGCAGCUCUACACCCAGCCCAAUCCAAAACCCAGUUGCCUUCCUGAGUUCUGUCCUACCCUCACUGCCAACAUCUCCUCUAACCAAUGCCAUGGGGCUGCCGAAGAGUGCCCCUCCCAGGCCUCAAGGCAUACUGCAGAAGAAUCAAAGAGCUCCCAGACCCAUGUCCGAUUACGAUAUCCGAGACAGCAGGGAAACCCUCUUAAAAGAUAUUGAGAAGAAGCUGCAAAUGAAAGACGAGCCACUUCUUUUUGGACAGCAGAAGUCGACUUAUGGGGGGGAAGUGAGCAGACAGCUCGGACCAAACAUUCCCAUCGCAACUGUCAUUAACUAUCAUGAGGAAUACAAGGUGUCAAGCUUCGAGCAGAGGCUGAUGAGUGAGAUCGAGUUUCGCUUAGAAAGAACUCCAGUUGAAGAAUCUGAUGAUGAAGUUCAACAUGAUGAAAUUCCCACAGGAAAAUGUAUUGCUCCUAUAUUUGACAGGAAACUGAAACAUUUCAGAGCAAGGGAAGGAGUUCCUGUCACAUUUACCUGUAAAGUUGUUGGAAUUCCAGAACCUAAGGUCUACUGGUUUAAGGAUGGAAAACAGAUUUUGAAGAAGAAUGAUCAUUAUAAGAAAAUCAGAGAGGGUGACGGCACAUGUUCUUUACACAUAGAAGCUGCUACAAGCGACGAUGACGGAAAUUACACUGUCAUGGCAGCAAAUCCACAGGGCAGGAUAAGUUGUUCUGGCCAUUUGAUCGUCCAAACGGGUCCCGUGCGAAACCGCCCCAUGGUGCAUGCACAGAGAGUGCGAGCGCGUGUGCAGGAGGUUGAGGGGGAGCCUGUUCAAGAGCGAUUCUUUCGUCCACACUUUCUUCAGGCUCCAGGAGACAUGUUAGCACAUGAGGGUCAACUCUGUCGGUUAGACUGCAAGGUGAGUGGAUUACCACAUCCUGAAAUCAUGUGGUUACUGAACGGGAGACCAAUAUAUCCAGAUGUAACUCAUCGAAUGCUAGUGAGAGAGAAUGGGGUUCAUUCUCUAGUGAUUGACCCGCUGACUCAAGCCGAUGAUGGCACGUACACCUGCAUCGCCUCAAAUAAAGCUGGACAGAGCUCAUUCUGCCUUGAGCUCAAUGUCGUGGAGAAAGAGAUGAAGCAGGCUCCCCAUUUUGUGGAAAAGCUGCAGAAUACGGGUAUCGCAGAGGGCGCUCCGGUCCGUUUAGAGUGCCGAGUCGUGGGAAUGCCACAGCCAGUCAUUUACUGGAAGAAAGACAACGACACAAUCCCUCACUCAAAGGACAGAAUCAGCAUGCAUCAAGACACUACAGGAUAUGUUUGUUUGCUAAUUCAACCAACCAGAAAAGAGGACGCUGGCUGGUACACGGUGUCUGCAAAAAAUGAGGCUGGCAUCAUAUCAUGCACGGCCAGAUUAGACAUUUAUGAACGUAACCAAAGACGGGAACAAAGACGCUUUUAAUUGUUCCAGAGUGAAAGCAUUAUUUUUGAAUGCUGCUCAGUGGCACCAACACGUCCAUCCACCCAUGAGGAAAACACAACUUACAUGAAGUCGCUACGCAGCUCUCACUGGACAAGGUCUGGAUAUAAAGUCUGCCUUUCCAGCGGGUGACAACGGCCCUGUCAUAUUCACGGCCCCUCAGUCAAAACCUACAACAGAGAGUGAGGAGCUGUAAAAUCUUGCAGGUUUAUGAUGGUGCACAAAUACGUUAAAGGCACUACAUUUAUAUUAGAGGAAUACUGUAUGUUUAGUAGUUGGCAUAUAAUGGCAGAUAAUGUAGUCUCUUUUUUCCUCCCUGCAUUUUCUUAAUAUUAACAGUAUUUGCACAUGCAUUUUCAUUUAAUAACCACUGAAAUUGUGCCAUCUUGAGGCAUUAGGCAUAAUAUGCCAGUAUGUUCUGGUCUUUGAUCUUUGUUUUUCACUUGUUUGCGGUUUUGCCUUCCAUAUUGCACAUGCAUAUAAUAAAAUGAUGUAUUAUUAUUCAUAUGUUUUCCUUGUUAUUAGGCUGUGUGUCUGUUGCAUUACCAACUCUAAAUAAUAGCUUUCGAAGGUUUCAGGUUUUGAUAUAAUAACGCAAGCAUGCGAUGUACAGCUGAAUAUAGAUUAUUUACUUUAUUUUUUGUAAAUGACUGUGCUAGCUAUUUUAAAUCUGUGCCUUUACACCAAACAAUACAAGUGUUGUUAUGCGAACUGACUUGCCUCUCCUUGCAAGAUCGUAAAUAGGGGACUAUUUCCCAAUAGAAAAUAGACCUUUGUUUAGCACGUCAUUGCAAAAGGGCCAACGUUUAAACAACCAAGUCCAGUAUUUUAGAAUAUCUAGUAACUAAUGUCUAGUAUCUUGCCUAUUUCUAAUAAUUUUUAGUGUAGAUAUGACAGAAUCUGUUUAAGUCCUUUUCAUUUUUUAAAUAAAAUGUGUAAAGCACAGUCAUGUUCACACUCAUAAGCCAAUUAUCUUUUAGAAAUAACGAAUAGGAAUUUCACUGGUUCUUUGAACUUCAGGCCAAUGCAACCUGUUUCUGUAAAACCUUGUGUUAUUAUUGCACUUCUUUUAAACAAAACUAUGCUUUAUUACAUGCCUAUGGGGGAAAUAGGUGCCUCAUAAUUCUGCUAUGCUUCAUGGAAAGAAUCUGUAUUUUGAAAUGUUUAUAUAAUAUUGUUACUGCUGCUUGAUGUAAUUCUCUAUAGACCGAGCAAUAUGAUAGAAUCAGAAAUAUUUUACUAGAUAUUAUAUAGUUGUUGUGGAAGUUUACAAAGACUUUGAUAUGAUACAGUAUAUUGUUAUACAACCGAUAGAAUUAUUAAAUGCAAAUACAUAUUUUGUGAAAAUGUAUAAUAGGUUUCUUUUCUUGAAAAUAAAAUUAUAUUUAUU